UGUAGUCUUUUGGCCUGCUGUGAAGUUCUGCGUAGUUCUCAUUAGACUGGGAUUUUGAAUAUCUAUGAUUUUUGAUUGCUGGAAACCCGGAACUUUGUCCGAGCCGACUUGUGAUACAGACUGAAGAUACAGCCAAAUGGAUCAAGCUCACAGUCAUGCUUUUUCAGACAAAACCAAGUUUAAUGGUGGCUGGACGACGCUUCACCUGGCUAGUUACUUUGGCCAGAAAGAUAUUGUUGAAGAACUGUUAAAGAAAGGAGUGGAUGUGAACACGCAGAAUAAUGACGGUGACACGGCUCUACACGUUGCAGCCCUCUGUGGAAGACAGGAGGUUGUUCUGCUCUUGUUACGGUACGGUGCAUGUGCCACACUACUCAACGGAUGUGCUCAGACCCCCAGGGAUAUCACUGACGAUGAUGAAGUCAUUACUAUGCUGGAAGCUGCAGAAAGAAGAGAGGGCAGGAAAAAUGAGGAGAGACUUUUGGAUGCAGCGAGAGAUGGAGAUUGUGGGGUUGUAGCUCAGUUGCUCAGCAAGAACAGACCUCCAGACGUGAACUGCAGGGACUCACAUGGGGACACGGCAUUGCACAUCGCAGCCAGCAGGGGGCACAAGGAGUGUGUGGAGGUGCUGGUGAAGAGCGGAGCCAGUUUUAGUGCAAUGAACAGAAACGGCCAGUCUGUGUUAGACGUCGCCAAAGACGAUCAAAUGAGAUCCUUUCUGGAGAAAUGUCAAGAAAAUGCUAUCACGGCAAGAAGGUUUGAAGGACGCCUAUGGAAGAAGUCUGAUUUUCUGAGCUGGAACUCGCACUGGGUUGUUCUGGAGAAUGGCUCUGUGAGCUGGUACUGUAACCAGUCUGACGCAGCGUGUGGAGAUCGUAGGCAAGGUUAUAAGCCUCUUAUGAAGGCUCAGUGUGUGGUAAAAUCCUGGGAUAAAUACUUUUUCACGCUGGAGUGCUGUGACAGCAGUGUGCAUCACUUUAAAGUGCCCUCCAGAUGCACUGAACCCGAAAUCAUCAGGAAAAAAUGGGUGGAUGCCAUCGAGGAGCAUGCGGUGUAUAGCGCCCUUUGUGGAAACCCAGACAAAACACCUGCACAGGAAGGAGAAAAGGAAGUAGCUGGAGAAGCAAUGGACCUGGGAGAUUUUCUGUCACAUUCACUUCAGGCUGCUGAAAGUUACCAGAGGAUGCUGGAGUCUCAGGUGGCCAUGUUUGUCUCUAUGGUCCAGAAUGAGGGCAACAACGAUAUAACAGUUCCUGAGCUCUUCAAGGCCAGAGAGAUAUGCGAGCUGUGCAGUGAGACCAGCUCAGUGUUGAGACACUGUGUGGAUCUGCUGUCCCAGCGUGAAGAGGUGUGGAGUGUGAAGUUAGAACAGGAAGUCGAAAGAAACAGGCUUCUGUCUGAGGCUCUGCAGAAGUUGGCGACGGAGCAUCACCAGCUCAAGGAGAAUCUUUCUACCGGCAGAAAGUCCCCGACUCUGAGCGCGCUCACUGAGGAUGAAUUUUACGACGCUCUCUCUGAGUGGGACAGCAUUGUGACAGGACGUGGUGUUAGUGUCCUCCGGUUUAACCGACUGCUGCUGUGCGGCUCGUCUACACGCAAAAGAAGCUCACGCUCCUGCCAGCAUGUCUGGGGAGGAGAACCAUGGAGAAAGACCCACCAUAAUGGUGUGAAGAAACACAGGACGUCUCUUCCUGCUCCGAUGUUCUCAAGAAAUGACGUGAGCAUCUGGAGCAUCCUCAAGAAAUGCAUUGGGAUGGAACUAUCGAAAAUCGCCAUGCCGGUCAUCUUCAAUGAGCCUCUGAGCUUCCUGCAGCGCCUCACAGAAUAUAUGGAGCAUACGUAUCUCAUCCAGCAAGCCAACGCCUCCACAGACUCCAUCCAGAGGAUGAAGUGUGUAGCUGCAUUUGCAGUCUCUGCUGUGGCAUCACAGUGGGAGAGGACCGGAAAGCCCUUUAACCCACUGCUGGGAGAAACAUAUGAGCUAAUCAGAGAGGAUCUGGGCUUUCGAUGGAUGUCAGAGCAGGUGAGCCACCACCCUCCCGUUAGUGCAUUCCAUGCUGAAGGCCUAAAUGAUGACUUCGUGUUUCAUGGCUCCAUCUACCCUAAACUCAAGUUCUGGGGAAAGAGUGUGGAGGCAGAGCCUCGCGGAAUCAUCACUCUGGAGCUCCCCAAACACAAGGAAGCAUACACUUGGACCAAUCCUACAUGCUGUGUCCAUAACAUCAUCGUGGGUCAGCUGUGGAUCGAACAAUACGGCAAUGUGGAGGUUAUUAACCAUAAAACUGGCGAAAAGUGCAGCUUGACAUUCAAGUCAUGUGGCCUCUUCGGCAAAGAGCUACACAAAGUGGAGGGGUACAUAUUUGAUAAAAGCAAAAAGAAAAUCUGUGCCAUUUACGGAAAGUGGACUGAAUGUCUGUACACAGUGGAUCCAGCUGCGUUUGACCUUCACAAAAAAACAGAUAAGAAAACUUCUGAGGAAAAGAAAGGCAGUAAGCAGAGCAGUGUGGAUGAGGAGGCUGAGGAGAUGCCCCCUCCUGAAGCCGAGACUGUGCAGGUCAUCCCGGGCAGUGAACUCGUCUGGAGGAUAUCCCCAAGACCUGAAAACUCAGCUCAGUAUUACGCCUUCUCCACAUUCGCUAUGCAACUGAAUGAGCUGGAAGAAGACAUGAAGGAGAAUCUCCCCAUUACAGACUGUCGCCUCCGGCCUGACAUCCGUGCUCUGGAGAACGGAGACAUAGAUUUGGCCAGCACUGAGAAGAAGAGAGUGGAGGAAAAACAGAGAGUGGCGAGGAAAAACCGCUCCAAAUCCAAUGACGAGUGGAAGACGAGGUGGUUCCAGCAAGGACUAAACCCACACAACGGAGGACAGGACUGGCUUUACUCUGGUGGCUACUGGAGCAGGAACUACUCCCAGCUCCCUGAUAUAUACUAACCUCAAACCCUCAGAACCUCCUCCCAGGAAGUGACUGCUGAAGAGAAACCAUGCAUGUUCACUAUUAACUUCAGUUCAUGCAGAGUGUCAGUUAUUUAUACAGCCGGAAGCUGGAUUUUAUGUUUACCACCAUCUUAAAAACACUCAAGCAUGAGGAGAUGGAACAUGGCAGUUAUUCUUAAAUAUGCAGUGUGUGAGGUGAAGUUUGUUUGUCCAGAGAACUUUAAAUCAUUCAUAUAGAUAUUAUAGAGUUUUACGUUUCGAUAGAUGUAGCGAGGAUCUUUGUAAAUAUAUAUAUAAAAAACAAAAAUAGGAUUCUAGAUGAUUAUCUGUCGAGACUUGAAUUCGCUGAAUGAAACAAACAUAGUCUUUCUUUAGGUGGUUAAAACUUACCUCAUAAUCUUUAGUAGCAUCUUAAAUCUGUUGUGAAUAAAAACAAAUGUUACAGUAAGUUUAUGAAAGUCUAGUUUUGCAGACAUCAGCUACAAUUAAUCCUUGGUUAAACAGAUAAAUAAAUCUGUUUAGCGAAGUGUUAUGUUCAAUAGGAGAUUAAAACGAAGCGUUUUGUUUGUAUGAACAUUAUUUAAUUCAUUAUAUCUUGUUUGUGGCUAUUGAGAACCUUUUUGGACGUAGAAAUGGCGGGGAAAAAAAACGUGUUUAGCUAGGCGACUGACCAAUCGGAUAUCGUUUGGAAUGGGUGUUUUUGGGUUGUUGUGGAUUUACGAGUGAAAUUCAAACAUUUUUACAACCUACAGAAACGCAGUCAGGUUUUCGACACCGAACUCUCAUCACAACAAAAGCGAUCAUCACGUAAUGAUAAUUCUAUAUAACUACGAAUUCAACUAAUCAUAAAUUUCAUAUUUCUCAAACACAUAAAACCAAAAGCACAAAUCUAAUCAACUAUGCAACCUUUUUUCGAUUGAACUUGAUUCAUUCUGGGAAACUGAGUUGACUCGUUAGCUGCGGGUUCCUUCGUAGCAGCGUAGUGAUAUUUACAACAGGAAACACCUAGAUAUGACUGGGUUAAGUAUAAAAUAUUUAUUUCAGGUACUCCUUUCUUUCCAGGUCUGUCACGAAUACCAACGAUGCCCUCUGUAAAAUGUGACACAACAGUAAACCCAGCAGGAGAGAAUUGUAAAGUACACGUUUUUAACUGUAUGAUAAAUCCUUGAAUAUGAGUAUAAAAGAACAGAAAAGACAAAUUUGUUUGUAUAUUGCUGCUAAAUAAAGACUUACGCUUCCCUA